UCACAGUCUGCGCAGGAACAGGAAGAGAGCGAGAGUGUAUGAGUGUGUGUGUGAGGACGGGAGCUCGCUGUACUGAAGUAGGGACUGAGGGCAGUCAUGGGGAAUUCACAGAAGAAGGGCCCCGGUCACGGAGAGGGAGGGGGCCCGCAUUCUCAACCUGGGACCCCGGGACACAAGAGGAGCCCUGGAAACAACACAGCCAGCUCAAAGGAAGUCCAAGGGAAGAGCCCGGCAGUCAAUGGUACCCUUCCAGCUGACAAGAGCCAGGAUGAGCCUCGGGGCUCUGGUGCAGUGCACAGUAGUACUGCUGGGGCGAGCUGUAAUCAGGUCGCCCCGUGUGGGGCCCUUCCUCCUCCACUGGCCAGGCUCAAAAAUGAGGGCAAUAUGUUGUUCAAAAAUGGACAGUUUGGGGACGCGCUGGAGAAAUACACACAGGCCCUUGACGGAUGUGCAGAAGCUGGUAUCGACAGCCCAGAGGAUCUCUGUAUUCUGUACUCCAAUAGAGCUGCAUGCUACCUCAAAAAUGGAAACAGCGCGGACUGCAUUCAGGACUGCAGCAGGGCUCUGGAGCUCCGCCCCUUCUCGCUGAAGCCCCUCCUCCGGCGGGCGAUGGCGUAUGAGACUCUGGAGCGCUACAGCAAGGCCUAUGUGGAUUACAAGACAGUCCUGCAGAUAGACGUCAGCGUGCAGGCGGCUCAUGACAGCGUGCACAGAAUCACUAAAAUGCUGAUUGAUCAGGACGGUCCGGACUGGCGAGAGAAGCUGCCAGAGAUCCCACUGGUCCCGCUUUCGGCCCAGCAGCACCAUAAAGAUGAGCCCAGCGCAGAGGUCCUGCAGGCCCGCGCAGACAGAGCCCAGCAGGAGAAGGCCAGAAAAGCAGAGGCUCGGUUCACACUGCUGAAACAAGAAGGAAAUGACCUGGUGAAGAGCGGCCAGUUUCAAGGUGCUGCGGACAAAUACAACGAGUGUCUGGCCAUCAAACCGAACGAAUGUGCCAUCUACACCAACAGAGCGCUGUGCUAUCUCAAGCUGGAAGGUUUCGCAGAAGCCAAACAGGACUGUGAUUCUGCACUUCAGAUCGAGCCAAACAACAAGAAAGCAUUUUACAGACGAGCACUGGCACAUAAAGGUUUGAAGGACUAUCUGUCAGCCAGCACUGAUUUACAGGAAGUGCUGCAGUUGGAUCCGAACGUGCAGGAGGCCGAGCAGGAGCUGGAGACGGUCACUAACCUGCUGAGAGAAAGUCUGCCGGCUAAUUCUCAAGGUGAAGUCUCACCGCCAAAGAACACAUAGGAGAGACCAGAAACCAGCACGGUUCAGACUAUGUAGGCAACCGGUUCCUUGGUCGUGUUCUAAUCAUUUGGGAUGUGAUAAGAUUCUAGUGACAAGACAUUUGU